AUGCAGGCUUGUGAUCGCUGUCGGAGGCGGAAGUCAGGAUGCGACAAGGAACAACCGUCGUGUGGGCUAUGUGUCAAAGCAAGCGUCACAUGCGUAUACAGUGACAGAUCGAAGGAGCCUCCGAUUCGGCGAGAUGUGAUUGAGAAACUUGAAAGGCGAUUGCGACAAACAGAGGCGACAAACCGGGCACUUGCAGCGCGGUUGGCGGCUUCCAAAUCACAGGCCGUUGCAAAUGCUUCCACAACACAGAAUUCGCAGGUGCAAGAACACCAAAAUGAGGUCUCGGAUGAAGUUUCUUUUCUGUCUCUCAAUGCUGGAGGAGAGCGUCAAUUUCUCGGUUCUACGAGCGGAGUCCUGUUCGCAGAUUUGAUCAGAUCCGCCAUUCGAGCUGAUGCUCCGAGUACACCGGGGGCUUCUGAAGUAGGGCCUACUCCGGUGUCUGAACUGGCCACCAAAGGAUCACGAAAUGGACCGCCCGGAUCGUCUCGAGAGGCACCGCCUCUAGUGCAGGAGAAUGUAGCUCGCGAACUCCACGAUGCAUAUUUCCAUCAUGAUCAUUUGUGCUAUCCCAUCCUCUCCCAGGAUCGAGCGAUGGCAAGUCUGAGCGAUAUAUAUGCGGACCCAACAGCAUUGGAAAACAAGCCCUUCGAGACAUUCUGCUUCUAUAUGGUUAUGGCGAUCUCCACAUCAAAUCUUCAGAAACUCCAUUGGCAAUCAUUGCCAGAAGCAGAACUUUACCAUACAUAUGCCACCUCCCGGUUGAGCGACAUAUUUGCAUUGGGCGGACUCCAAGCGCUACAGGCUAUACUACUCCUUUGCCAAUAUCAGUUGACAAGCUCGACACAAAGGACGUCCACCAGUCUGUGGCACAUGGUCGGCAUGGCUGCACGCAUGUGUUUCGAAAUGGGUCUCCACCGAGAGGAGGCCUAUGACUAUCAAUUGGAUUCCACGUCAACACCCCAUCGGCGGUGGCUGUGGUGUGUAUUGGCAAUGGAUCGGUAUGCCAUUCCAGUGGCCAACGAAAGACCCUUGCUGACUGUCAUUUCCGCCUCCAGUGUCGUGAGCAUCACUCUAGGUCGCCCAUUCGCUAUUCAGCUCGAAGACGUGAGCCUAAAACUUCCCACUGACGCCCUGGAGAACGGGGAUUCGCUUGACACAGAAAAGCAUCGAGACGCAGUAUUCGCUCACAUAACCCAAUAUCGCAUUCUCUGUGGAAAAAUAAUGUCAUCUCUCCAUCGAGGGCGCCACACAAAUAAUGAAGUAUCCGCUUUGGCCGCGCAAGCCAGUCUCGCAGAUGAUCUGGAGGAGUGGCGUUCCAAAACGGACACAAUAUUUGCCGGCGAAGGGUCAUCGAACACAGGAAAGUUCUCCAGCUUUCUGACCGUCGACUGGUAUGAAAUGAUCUAUCAUAAUGCUUUGCUCAUGCUUUACCGACCUUCGCCAGCCCUGCCGCUGAGCUCAUCGAGAGCAACCGUGGCAGUUCCGAUAAUAUACACCUCUGCAAAGCAGGCUAUCGGCUACUAUGCACAUCUCCACGAACUACAACGCAUCAACUACACCUGGAUCACCCUGCGCAGUGUAUUCAUGGCCGGUCUUUCAUUCGUUUAUGCAGUUGGGCAGCACUUUCGGACCAAGAAAAGUCCCCUCACCCAGUUAUCUCACAUACUAGAAUCAGAUCCAUCGAUCAUGGAAAUUGUGAACAUUUGCCGCUCAUGUUCCAAUGUCUUGGUGGCAGUAUCGGAACGCGGUAACAUACCUCGGCAUUGCCAUCGCGUCUUUGAUCGACUGAGUGAUGCUGUGCUGAAGGAUGCUGUGGACUAUCAUACAUCUCCGGUGGUGAAUCACCCGCCACCAGGAUCAGCAUCUGUCCCUCUUUUCAACAAUAACCCCACUCAUGGCUCUGCCACAGAUUAUCCCAUAGAGAUGUUACCCUCCGGAGGAUGGAAUUUCAAUUAUGCGUUGCCAUCUUCUAUACUCGCGGUUGAUGACGUCUUUCGAGACUGUUUUGAUGAUCUACAGCACUUCCAUGAGUCCGCGUUUGGUGAAGACCCCAUUGGGCAACUCUCACAGGACUGGUUAGGACAAAUCGGUGGGGUGCAGCUAUCAGAUAGUUCAACAUAA